AAAAGUAGUCUUACCGACGUCAUUUCCGCCCCUGCGUUUGUCGCUCUUUUCUUUAAGCAGCCGGAAAGGGUAACCCCGCAGCGUGCGGUGGGCGGAGCCUCUUUCCCGUGCGGCCGCCAAGAAGCAGCCAUGGUGGAGCCGAAGGUAUUGGUGAUUGAUGGACGUGGCCACCUGCUGGGUCGCCUGGCAGCCAUGGUGGCUAAGCAAGUCUUGUUGGGGCGCAAAGUCGUGGUAGUGCGAUGUGAAGGGAUCAAUAUCUCUGGCAACUUCUACCGUAACAAAUUGAAAUACCUUGCCUUCCUGCGCAAGCGUAUGAACACAAACCCCUCCCGUGGCCCUUACCACUUCCGUGCACCCAGCCGAAUCUUCUGGAGGACAGUUCGAGGAAUGCUCCCACAUAAGACCAAACGCGGUCAGGCUGCCUUGGAGAGGCUGAAGGUUUUUGAUGGCAUUCCCCCUCCUUACGAUAAGCGCAAGAGGAUGGUGGUCCCUGCAGCUCUGAAAGUGGUCCGCCUCAAGCCUACGCGCAAGUUUGCUUAUUUGGGUCGCCUGGCCCAUGAAGUUGGCUGGAAGUACCAGGCCAUCACAGCUACCCUGGAAGAGAAACGUAAGGCGAAAGCCAAGCUCCAUUACUCCAAGAAGAAGAAGCUGAUGAAACUGCGGAAGCAGGCAGAGAAGAACGUGGAGGGCAAGAUAGCGAAAUACACAGACAUCCUGAAGCAGUAUGGCAUCCUGGUUUAAAUCACACACAGGCUUGGUUCAUAAUAAAGAAUAGUUUACA